AUGUUAGAAGCAAUAGGUAUUGCUGUUAUUUGUAUUGGAGCCAUAGCUGUAGCAAUUAGUGGAUUAGCUGCCAUGGCAAUUGCUUUUGCUCCAGUAGUUUCAUCUCCAGAAGACAAAUAUGAAAUUAAUGAAGAAGAAUACCAAGAUCGUUUAAGAGCAAAUUAUGAGUCUGUUUAUAUGUACACUGAAUUUGGUGGUUUUCCACGAACUAGGAUUCCAAGAUCUUCAGUUUACACUUGA